GUUGUAUAUAAUUCUAUAAUGGAAGAUUGUACACUUCAUUAUGAUAAACCUGAAAUCGACUCACCAGAUACAGAUGACUGUAGUGCAGCAGAAGACGAAGAGGUUCCGGAAGUGACGAAACGCGCUCCAUCACACGGAGUCAUUACCUCUAUAUCUGAAGAUGACAACUUGAAAGAGCCGACACCAAACUGGGAAGAUUAUAAAGUAAUAUUCGACAAGUUCGAUGCAGACAAAGAUGGCUACUUGUCAUCGAAUGAUAUCAGACAAGUUCUGCUCUCCUACGAUAUUGUGUCCACUGAAGGAGAAUUACAAGAUGUGAUAGCGGAAUUUGACAAGAAAGGCAAUGGAUUAGUUACUCUGGAGAAAUUUGUGUCAGUUAUGAACAGCCACAAGGGCCCAUUUAGUAAGAAAGACGAGAAAGACUUUGAAUUUCACGAGGUGUUCCGAGUACUCGACAAAACCGGAACAGGAAGCGUAACCCCACAAGCUUUAUGUGAGUUUAUGGCAGAAUUUGAACCUUCAUUUGACGAGGAACACGCUUUUGAGCUUGUGAAGCAGUUUGACACAAAGGGCAAUGGUGAUUUGUGUUUUGAAGAUUUUGUGAAAUUGUUGACAGCGAGGAUGUAAUUUGGUAUGUGCACGAAAACACGUUUAAUAACUCUCUGAAGACUUUAACUCAGUAACGACAACCGGAUCCAGACUUCCUUCCCCCUGCUAUGAGAUGGAACAAGAGUUACUCCUCUUCACCGGUGUGCUGAAAGUGCCAAACUAAGAUGAAUAUUUUAAAGUCAGAAAUUACCUUCAUCGUCCAAGUCUUUCAUAUGCUGUUAUGCUUCUAUCUUAAUGAAUGCGUUUACAUAUUUAAAUUAAAAAAAAACAAACAAACAUAUAAACAGAAGAAGCAGGACCUGUUACUGAGUUAAUCAAACCUCAAAAUACCUUAGGAAUCUUCUUACAUGGAAAGUGAAACUUCCGAAAUGAGUGGGCAUAUUAUUUACGCUUAAAUAUAUAGAGAAUAAUGA